AUGCCUUCACCUUACACCCUGUUCGCUGAAGUCAUUCGAUAUGUUACAGGCUUUCUUCAUGGGAAGACGGCCCAUCUACCACAGCCAGCAGAUCCCCAACAGCACACUGUCUGGCUGCUGGACACCACUGCUUAUCGGUAUCACUAUUCUCCAAGUGGACGAGGCCUACUCCAGCCGUGGCAUGCAGAAAUCGUUGCUUGCGUGUUCGUAACAAAUGCGAAAAGGGACACGGGUGAACUCGUCGCGAAGAUCGCGGACCGAAUCGGUCUCGACGGCAAAGCUGGCGCUGGAGAUCCGGAGACGCUGAAACGCAUAGAAGAGCGACUGCACCCAUUCUUGGAUCCGGUUGCACCGGGAAAGAUUGUCAAACUGAAGAUUCCAGUCCCUAUCGGUCAUGUUCAAACGCAUCAUAUUGGCCCCUCCGAUAGCAGUGGCGUGUCAUCGCAAGAUAUACACAUAGGUAGACACCAUGUCGAGGAUGGAGCCGUGCUCCAUCCCUCCCUCCAGCACUGGGAUCACCCGGUGUCAAUGAGCAUAAAUUUCGCUGCUCCAGAGGGUUGGCUUGUCAUAUCCGACAUUGACGAUACUAUCAAGCAUACGCAGACCCCGGACCUCACUGGCAUUCUUCGCACCACUUUCGCAGACGAACCGAAGCCGAUUGAGGGAAUGCCUCAGCAAUACUCUCAUGUCAAGGACCAGCUGGCACCGACGUGGUUCUAUGUGUCAGCUUCGCCGUACAAUCUGUACCCCUUCCUACGGGGAUUUGUCGAUGCCAAUUACCCUCAUGGCCCGCUCCUCCUCCGCACUUACUCUAUGAUGAGCCUCCAGGGUCUGCAUGAAUCCCUUACCAAGGGUGUAUAUGAGUUUAAAACCAGCCAGAUCAACAAAAUCUACGAAUGGCUCCCGCAGCGACGGGUGCUCUGCGUAGGUGACUCGACUCAGAAAGACCCCGAAACGUACGCAGAGAUGUACAAGACACAUCCAGGCUGGAUCCGGGCUAUCUUCAUCAGAAAAGUGACCGAUGCACCGAAUAUGAAUGGAAAGAAUAAGGCGGAGAGAUUCGACGCUGCCUUCAAAGAUGUCCCCAGGGAUGUGUGGAAGGUGUUUGAACACCCGGAUGAGCUGCAUGAACUAGUCAAUGAGUUGAAGACGAAGGCCAAUUGA